AAUAAACCAAAAUUUCUUUCCCUUCAAUCGUUUGCUCGUUAACUUCCCAAGUGCUGAUUCCAGCAUUCGUUUACGUUGUUUUGACACACAGAUAAAACAGAUCCCGAAGAUGUCUGAUAGUGAAGAUGACGAAGGCCAUGGACCAGUUACCACGAGUAGCAUAAGGCUGAGUGAAGAUGAAAUUAUAAGCAGGCUACUAACCACAUCAACAGUUAGCCUAAAAACCUUAAUACCCAGCAGCUCUAUAAAAUCUGAGAAUGCCCUAAAAGUAGCAGUUUGGAUUCUUACAAGUCAUGCAAAGAAAAGGCCACCUAACCACAUAUUACAGCGGAUUAAGUGGUUGACAGCCAUUGUUCAAUAUGGCAUAAUUGAUUCACUAAAUGGUAUUGAAAAGCUGUUCAACCCCUUCAUACAGUUGAUUUUUAUCACUCAAUAUCAAGCUUCCAUUUGCCACCUGCUCUACAUGAUUGCAACCCCCAGUUUCCAAAAGUUUCAAGUGGAACGUAUCAUGAGAAAUGCGAACAUUACUGGACUAAUGAAACCUCUGGUUGGUCUUUUGGGACGUUUGAAAUCUCUUCGUCCAGAUUUGGUUCCCCAGGCUGUCCCGUAUCAAAGCAAUGCUGUUUCUUUCCCUAAAGCGCCACCUACAAUCCGUAGUGGCCUUUACGAUCUCGCGGAACAUAUGAGGCAACAAAAUGAAUUACCCAAUCAGUUUACUUUCACAAUCGAAAGUGAAGAGCAAAAGGCAAACAAAAAGAUGAGGAUGGAUAUCAUACCGCGAGUACAGCACAUCAACUUAAAAUCCUCAUUCGAAAUCGAUUUGCAGAGAAUGGUGAUUCCAGAACAAUUUAAGACGUUCAACGACUUGGUGGGGAAAAUUACUGUAGUUCAAUUGCCCAAUCAUGUGGGUUCAUUAUUGAGCAAGAGAGAAUACCAUUACAUAUUGUACGCAAACUGGACUCCGCGCUUGGAAGCCCUUCUAUCACAGUGGCUAUACUUAACCCUGUAUCACGAGUUUAUUGAAAGACGUCAGGGUGAUUGCCGAGAUGCAAAAACAUUACUGCUACAAAGAGUCAUAGAAUUCCAGGAAUCAACAGGUCGAAAGCUGAUGGUUGUUUAUGAUUUUCUUUCGGAAUAUCUUCGCAUAUGGGAUGGAAUCCAAUAUCGUGAACACAUUUUUCAACUUUUAUCUGCCCUUCCCGUUCUACCAUACUCGGAUCUCUAUGAAAAUUUCUUGCGGUUAUUUGAAAACAUGUUUCAAUAUAGCCCUACUCCCUUUAAACUACAAAUGAUUAACUCUUGCCGGAAGCUGAUUCAUAAUUUGCUGGUAGCAAAGUUUGGGCCUCCCGAUCGUCUCCAAGUGUUAUGCCACAGCUCAAAUACGACUUCAACUGCAGUAGAAAAAACUGAACUAGUGGAAGGGAUCUACAUCAUUAGCGAAGUCAUUCGCUUUAUUGUUCGCCUCUACAAUACAGCCCUUACGUCCACCACUGACAUCAGAGUCCUUCUAAGUUCUCUUGAUUUCCAUUUGUGGCUCGUUGAUGUGGAAUCGCAGUUUCAUUUGCCAUUCCGAACGUUGUGUCAACCCAUCACCGUUUAUGCUGCUUUAUUUUCACCGGUUCCAGCUGCCGUAUCCCUUUUGUGUAUACUGUUUUGCAAGUUCAAAGAAAAUGGAUUAACUCAUCUGAUGACCAUCUCCACCAUUCCGGAAUUAAAAGAUUUCCAUAAAGCGUCGUUGGAUGACGCUUCCAUGUUGAGUCGUUACAUUAUCGAUAUCUCAAACUGUUUAAUUUACCAAAAAGCCUUGGUGUCCGAUUCGGCUUCUUUGUUAUCUCGACUACCUCGAAGGAAUAUUCGAAAAUUGCUGGAAUUGGGUGAUUAUAAAGGAGCCUUUGAUAUAAAGAGACACCCGGCUUUUAUGGGAAUUGCUCGUCAAUGGAUCAAAUCCAAUCCCAACUAUUCCGCUGAAGGAGCUCUCGAUGUUUUUAAAGAAAUCGAAGCCGAUGGGGAAGGCUUUUUCCGAUUUUUAUUUAGUCAUUUUCCUGCCAUUCGGAAUUAUAUGCAAGAGUUUCAUAGCGAUUAAGUGAAGAGAAGCACGUCUCGUAUGAUUGGUCAAGUUCAGGACAUGCCUGAACGAACGCUAUCGGGACAAACCGUUGGUUAGCCUGCUAACGGUAAAUUACAGCGAAGUGUAGUUACAUAAACCACGUGUUAGAUAAUCGGAAACCAACAAUCACCAAUGGCAAAAUUAAUUUUAAUUUUA